AUGGAGCUGGGGCUCGCGGGCCGCCGCGCGCUGGUCACCGGGGCGGGCAAAGGCAUCGGGCGCUGCGCGGUGCGGGCGCUGCACGCGGCGGGGGCGCAGGUGGUGGCCGUGAGCCGGACGCGCGCCGACCUGGACGCGCUGGUCCUCGAGUGCCCGGGCGUGGAGCCCAUCUGCGUGGACCUGGGCGACUGGGAGGCCACGGAGCGGGCGCUGGGCGGCGUGGGCCCCGUGGACCUGCUGGUGAACAACGCGGCCGUGGCGCUGCUGCAGCCCUUCCUGGAGGUCACCAAGGAGGCCUUCGACAGGUCAUUCAGUGUGAACGUGCGUUCUGCCUUCCAGGUGUCUCAGAUCGUGGCCCGCAGCAUGGUGGACCGCGGGGUGCCGGGCUCCAUCGUCAACGUGUCCAGCAUGGUGUCCCACGUGCCCUUCCCCAGCCUCAGCGUCUACAGCUCCACCAAGGGCGCCAUGACCAUGCUGACCAAAGCCAUGGCCCUGGAGCUGGGGCCGCACAAGAUUCGGGUGAAUUCUGUGCACCCCACGGUGGUGCUGACGGCCAUGGGGAAGCGCGUCACGGCGGACGAGGAGAUCACCCGGAAGCUGAAGGAGCGCCACCCGCUGCGCAAGUUUGCUGAGGUGGAGGACGUGGUCAACAGCAUCCUCUUCCUGCUCAGCGACUGCAGCGCCUCCACGACCGGCUCGGGCAUCAUGGUGGACAGCGGGUACCUGGCCUCCUAGGCCGUGCCCCAGCGGCCUGGUCUUACCCCCCCAUCCAGAGCCCCCCACACUUGAAGCCUGUGGCCCGCGGGGGCCCUGUCUAAUAAAAGGAGGUGUUCUCCCGGAACAGUGCC